AUGUCGCCUUCACGGAAAAGCUCCUCGACGCAUAAGUGUCCCAAUCGCUCCUCAGACUUGUCGUUGAACAAGCCCGCGAAUGGAUUCGACUUGAACAAGUCCGGACAGAUCAAUGAUCUCGAGGAGGCAAUCGAGUUGCAACGAGCUUCCCUGGGUCUCUGCUCAGAAGGACAUCCCGAUCUUUCUGGGUCAUUGAGCGAUCUCGCAGCUAUUCUUUCAACACGAUACCAGCAAUGCGAGCGGGGGGAAGACCUCGAGGAAAUCAUCAAGUUGCACCAAGCCGCUCUCAACCUGAUGCCCGAGGACGAUCCUGAUCGUCCUAUGUCUCUAAACAACCUUGGUGAUUCCCUUCGUUCUAGGUUCGAGAAGAAUGGAAGAUCUCAGGACCUUGAUGCAGCAAUAGACUUGCAACAAGCUGCUGUGGACCUUGAGCCGGAAGGUCAACCAUCUCAUCCUGCAUCUCUAAGCAACCUUGCAGGUAACCUUCGUACUCGAUUCAAUCAUCGUGGAAUGGCUGAGGAUCUCGAAGAAGCCAUCGAGUUGGAUCGAGUUGCUCUUGAGCUUCGCCCGGAAGGCCAUCCUGAACGUUCCAUGUCUCUGAAUAACCUCGCAGGAUCGCUGUUCACUCGGUCCCGCGAGCAUGAGAGGAUCGAGGAUCUUAACGAUGCAAUAGAUCUACACAGAGCCGCAUUAAAGCUACGCCCCAGAGGCCAUCCCGAUUUUUCUAUGUCCUUGAACAAUCUUGCAGUUUGCCUGUACAGUCGUUUCCAAUUUGUUGGAGAGACUGAGGAUUUGGACGAAGCAGUCCAGCUGAAUCAAACUGCGUCAGAGCUUCAUUCCAAAGGCCAUCGCCUUUACACCAAGUCUCUAACUAAUGCUGCUCAUUUCCUUGAAACGGGCUCCUCGCAGUAUGAGAAGCCCGAGGAUCUUGACAAGACAGUCGAAUUGUACCGAGCUGCUCUGGAGCUUCAUCCCAAAGAGGCUCUUCUUCAUCCGGGUCGUCUCAGCAACCUUGCGUCUUCCCUCCGCAAACGAUUCGAGCAGCAUGGAAGGAUCGAGGACAUCGAGGAGGCAAUCAAUCUACAUCGUCUCGCCCUGGAGCUUCGGCCUGAAGGCCAUCCAGAGCGUUCUUCGUCCUUAACUUGCCUCGCAUAUUCCUUAUAUGCUCGAAUCGAACAGCGAUGGUGUAAGGAAGAGUUUGAAGAAUGCGUAGAAUUACUGAAGCUCGCUGUUACCCACAGGUUCUCGGGAGCAACAGCGCGUUUAAUUGCUGCAAAACUGUGGACAUCAUUUGCACUCCAUCACGGUCACUCCUCUGCCUUUAUAGCUUACAAGUCUACAGUAUCUGUACUUCAACAUGCUCUCAGCAUAAACCCAACUCUCCAUGAACAACACGAGUUCCUUCUCAGGGACGAAAUCUACAGCAUACUUACCAAGAGGACGGCUUCCUGUGCGAUCGGGAAAGACUGUUUAGAACUGGCUAUUGAGAUACUUGAACAAGGAAGAGGCUUGCUAUGGUCACAGUUGCGCGAUUUCAGGACUCCUCUAGACCAACUUGCAGAAACAAACAAAGAACUUGUCGAUAAUUUCAUGAAUGUCAGUCGUCAGCUGGAGAAUCUCGCGAAGUCGCGUGUAGAGUUGACGGCUACAUCGACCAGGGAUGGAGGUAGAUCACUUAGACUGUACAACGAACCAGGACGGAAAUAUUUUGACGAACUGUUGAAGGUGAAGAGAGAACUUUCAACGCAGCAGGAGGGGAUUAUCAACGAAAUUCGAGGAGUUCCGGGAUUCGAGAAUUUCCUGGAAGCGAUGCCAUUCAAGCUACUGCAGCAGGCAGCUUCGGAGGGUCCGGUCAUCGUGGUCAAUUUCGGAAUUACUCGUUCUGAUGCCCUCAUUAUCCUCGUAUACAUCUUUGCAUCGAUCUCCGGGAAAACGCACCGACAGUUUGGAGCCGAUUCGGCGGAAUACGACAAGGAGCUUCGCGGAGCCAUGAAGAUGCUAUGGGACAGAGUUGUUUCUAAGGUUGUCGUGAAACUUAAGGAGCACGGGAUCGCAGAGGGAAGUCGUAUUUGGUGGUGUCCAACUUUUAUAUUAUCAAUACUUCCAUUCCAUGCUGCAGGGCCGUUCGAGGACGAAGAUGGAACUUGGAAAUACUUAUUAGACAAGUAUAUCUCAUCAUAUACUCCAACGCUCGGAGCCCUCAUCAAUGCACGGUCAGGCGGUAGUGGAGGCGAACCAACAGUGCUUGUCAUCGGAGACACCUCACUUCGGUCAGCUAAACAGGAGAUUAGAAAUAUCCGAAAUUGUGGGAUUAGCACCAAAUUACUCGUCGGCAAAAAAGUGUCUCGUGAUGCAGUGGUCAAAGACCUCCGGGAAGUGACAUGGGUCCAUUUUGUUUGUCAUGGCCAAUUAAAUCAGGAUCCCUUCGACGCUUCGUUCAAUCUAUCUGAUGGUGGGUUAACGUUGCUCGAUAUUGUUCAAGAUAAUCUUCCGAACGCGGAAUUCGCGUUUCUUUCUGCUUGCCAUACUGCAGAACAGUCUCACAACGGUGCACACGACGAAGUCCUCCACCUAACCGCGGCCAUGCAAUUUUCUGGCUUUCGUAGCGUGAUUGGGUCGAUGUGGGAGCUACUUGAUAAGGAUGGACCCGCGUUCGCUAAGACUGUUUAUGAGUACAUGAACAAUUGCGAGGAGGGCGAGGUGAAGUAUAAGAGGGCGGCUGCGGGACUUCGCAAAGCUGCUAUAGAGUUGAAAGCACGGGAAGGGAUUGCGACCGAACGAUGGGUUAAUCUUGUGAAUAUUGGUGCAGAGCUGCAGCAGGACUACGAAAAGCAGAAUGGCAUUCAGACUGAACAAUGA